AUGCUGUAUCUGGUCUUGCUGCUGCUGUACGUGUCCGGGGUGUUGUGCGAUGCGUUCACCGCUGUGCGCGGUACGUCGGGCGACAUCUCGCACCGCACCGUCGGCCGGACACCCACAGGCGCCUAUGCGCGCUCGCUCAACAUCACUUCGACCAGCCAGCUGUUUACGUGGUACUCGCAGACGCCCGCCAACGAGUCGGAUGCCGAAGCGGCGUUCAUCAUCGUGCACGGUGUGGAUCGCAAUGCCAACACCUACUUUCGCGUGCUCAACAAUGCCUGGUCGCACGCGCGCGACGAGGGGAUCGGUUCGGCUAGCAACAACUCGAUCCGUGUAGCACCGAUGUUCUUCAGCACAGUGCGCGAUCGACGCGCAUACAACACCUCGCACCUCGCUUGGGGCGAUUUCAACGCCUGGACGGCCGGAGAACCAAGCACCCACCCGAGGGGUAGUGGUGUAUCGUCGUUCAGCGUGCUCGAUGCAAUGGUGCGCAGAUUCAGCAACCGCCGGGCGUAUCCGAGGAUGAAGUGGAUCACCUUGGUGGCGCACGGUGGCGGCGCACAGAUGUUGCAGCGCUACGCCGUACUGGGCAUGCCCAACCCUGCCCCCGCCCGACUUAGCGUGCGAUACGUGAUUGGCGACCCAUCUUCGCAGCUCUACUUUACGCCCGAUCGACCCGUAGCGGUGGACACCACAUCCUGUCCCGCAUGGAACGACUACCGAUACGGCACGCGCAGGUAUUCGUCCGACUACGCCGCACUUAGCAACCGCAAUGCAGCCGACCUCUUCCGCACCUACGCAGCCCGGGAGGUGCGCUACGUUGUCGGGCUCAACGACACACGCACCGACGAGGGCGACCAGACCUGCAUGGCGCAUGCGGUCGGAGGCCCCAAACGACGCAAUCGAAACCUAGCCUACUGGAAGUACAUUAACCUUCUCGCCGGCACCGGUGCCGACCUGCGCAACUUUCCCGGCACAUUCCCCAUGCUCGAGGGCAAAGACCCGCAGCCCAAUGUGCCAGCAUCGACCUCGGGGGGUGCAAGGCGGUUCAGGGGCACGCAGCUGAGACACACACUGAGCGUGGUGGAGAAGGCGGGACACAGCGCAUCCAGGAUCUACGGCUCGGUGCAGGGCAGGAAUGCGCUGUUUGGCGAGCAGGCGAGUUCGGGCGGUGGCGAUGUGCCGGACCUGGCACAGGAGCUGGUCGGGUAUACGGCGGAUGCAAAGGGUGCGCGCAACGACGUGCCGGACGAAAGCGACGAGUAG